AUGCCUUGCUUAGACGCACCAAUAUUUUUCGAGUAUAGGGCACGGAAACUAAGGAUGGAAAGGACACUAGGAAAUACUACAUGCAGUAAAGGCCAUAUCCACCCCCCUUGGAAUACGACAGGACUAUUGCGAAUCGCCAAGUGUGAAUCGGUGUGUGGCUUUUGCCAGAAGGAGACAAAGACUGCAGCAAAUCUCAGAAAGGUGACAACUGCAACACUAUGCACGCAUGCAGAUUAUUCAGGACAUCAGCUAACCAGAACCCAGCAUGUUGCGAUACAUAUCAAGAAUGAAGCGUUGAGCCUCACAAUCGCAGAGGGUUCAAGUGGUCGCGGAAGGUUAGAAAUCACACAUGCUCUGGAACGAGACUCCUCUCUAUCCCACAUCUCGCAGCUCUCCUCCUCCUCCAGCGACUCCAACGCCUCACGCAGCAAUGCCAGUCCACCGUGCCCGCAACUCACCCUUCCCUCAACCCCAGAAUCCUUCUCCCCCUCAGCAGUUCUCAUGUCUAUGCACGCCCACCAACCGCAACAUGUGCACCAGGGCAUGCAAUCCAAUUCCCGCGCCUCUUACCCAACGGCCACUGCUUCAGCAGGCCUAAUGCUUCCACAUGCACAACCAAAUAGUCCAUUGCCAUUCUCGUAUCCCUACGCCACACAUUCGAACUCAGCACCCGCACCAAGCAAUAACAGCUCCUACGUAGGAGCCAUGUCUAACACCAACAUCAACGCCCUCUACGCACCGCACAACGACCCCUUCCGCCCGCUGCGCGAGCGCAAGAUUCAUACCAAGACCGCAUGGACCGUGAUACCCGCCACUGAAGGCUACGCGGUUAUGGAAUUCUGCAAAUCGCAAUCAGUAGCACAGCCCGUGUCCGUGUCCGUGCCCCCUACCGGCACAGGCGCAGCAAACAUGUUUGGCCACGAUGCAAUUACAGGAAGCUCGAGCAGGGUAGUAGGUGGAGGUAGUAGAGGCGGCACGAUGCGGACGCCGUGUUAUAACCGUGAGACGCUUUUCGACGAGGAGUGGAUGGCGCAUAUGAGGGAUGUGCAUGGGAUUUUCUGUCUGUGGCCCGAGACGUGGAUUAGGCGGAUCGAGGUGUUGGAUCUGGAGCCGUUUGGGGGUGAUAUAGGCGGGAUUGGUGAGCUUAUAGAGGGG